AUGGCUCGUGAAUAUGGCUGGCGCGCCAAAAAGUACCAAGAAGGGAGACUUCUGAUCAAAAACGGCCAAAUCGUGCAAGGCGCAAACGCCGGCAAGGACUCAGCGACCACAGCUCAAGAAGACAUCAUCGUCACCACUGCCACCAAAGUCUUCGGAAUCUUCGAGCUUCUCGAGAACAUCGCUGAGUUCAUGGACGGAAGGGAGAUAGUCGUCCUUCGACGCGUCAAUCAGACCUUCAAUUUCUGCUUGAGACAACCAAAAUUCGAUCAGGAAGUGACUGUCCAACAAAUUGCCUACGUUCCCGCCGGCAAAGGACCACGCAGUAUCCGCACUCUUCCUCAGACGCCAAAAGUGUUCAAGUUUCUUCACGUUAACAAAACUGAUCGCGAUGAUCCUAGAAAGAUCUCGUGGUCCAUCGACGCUCAACUCGAAGGAAAAUACCUCAACGGCGCAUCUCUGCCAGCAGCAGCCGCCUGCGAUCUAUCAAGGACAAUCCAUGUCUACACAGAAGGCGGUCUAACUGUGAGGGUACGUGCCUCCUCAUCGAGGAAAGGAGCUCAGGUUUCCCCAGCGUACGCUGUUCCAGCGAACUUGAAUAUUAGUUUGCUCCACUUGAUGGAGCUGACGCAUGAAUGGAUCGAUGUAUUCUUCAACCGUAUAAAGGGGAAUUGCUCGUUUGUUCUGCAUGUGGUUGUGAAGGAGGAGUCAGAGGAUCCAGAUGACGCUUGGAGCGAUGCAGAUUUGCCCAUGGCAUAG